GUGGCAGUUGGAGCCUGGUGAAAGAAGGACCAGGUGGCAGGGAUUCAUCAGUGAUUUCUUCCCUGACACAGCAGUGCGGUUCAAAAAUGGACAAUAUGGAGAAUUUAGCUAAAAGCCUAUGGGAUGUGUAUGCAGCACUGCUGUGUCAUCAGUCCCUAAUCCUGGCCAUGAACUCAAGCUCUGUGGAUCCCUUACCACAAUAUGAAACUCAGUUGGAGAUAGUAAAGUCAUCUUUUAAAAUGGUAUUUAACCUACCAAGUUUUGAAGGAGGAAUGUAUUGGACCACUGAUGAAGAGGAUGUCGACGACCUGGAGGUGUUAUAUAAAAGUAUUUUAAGUCUGUUUGAAGACACGCUUCUGAUCUUAGUGUCUAAAGACCUCUACAAACUACAGAUCUUAAAGGAAAUGACUGUGUGGAUGAGUGAAGACAAAUCGUACCUGCAAGAAAGAGUACUGGUGAUCAUCAAAAGGGUGUUAAGAUUUGCAUCCAAGAAAGCCAUGGAAUAUAUAAGUGUUGAUGCUCCAUGUGUAGGUAUCCUGGCAGCAGAGCUGUCUCUUUCAUAUUCCCAUGGUGAUUUUGCAAUUGUACAUCAAGCAGCCCUGGCAAUGUAUUACCUCCUCUCCAUUGCAAAACGUCAGAUGGAAGACUUCCAGAAAUACAAAGCUACAAUGCAAUAUGAGUGUGGAAAUUACUGCUCCCUGAUUUCUGAUUCUGAAUUCCGACAGGCAGUCUUGAAACACGACCAAACUAAACUUGCUCAGAUUCUAGGACAAAUUUUAUUGCCCUCCAUGCUGACAGACUUUGUGUUGCAUCUCCUGACGAAACUCUCAACAUCUGAUCAAGAUACGACAAUCAGAGCAGCAGUGAUACUGAAACUGACUCUGAAAUGCCAUGCACAAAAGAUCACCAGGGUGUCUCAGAUGGUGAACACUAUUCAUAAGCAACUGAAUGGAAAUCCUUCUUACUUUGUAAAGGACGUCCUGUUGGAGGUUGUCACCUUGUUAACACAAAUAUCACCCAAAGGUGUCAUCUUUCAGCUCGUGGACUAUCCAGUCCCAGCAGACAGGGCUCUGAUGAUGAUGUGGCAGGCAGUGGGCAUCAAGCCACAAGUUGCCCCGCAAGUGCUGAAAGCAAUCCUCUUGGUGUUGAAAGACAAGCCUUGGGAAGUGGUGGACAGCCUGCAGGAAGAGAAAUACUUCGUUCUGGAUACCACCAACAUGAUGCCUCUGGCGGCAUCCCAGGCCCUGUGCAUACUUUUGCCUAUAAAGUCAUAUAAGCAAACAGUGGCCCAGUUUUUUCCUGAACUCUUGGUAGCCCUCAUGCUUCAACUCCUCCACAUCCAUCAGCUGAGAGUGCAGACAAAGGACAGGCCUCUCUACGCCCAGGAGGCACUGAGACUUCUGCUAAAUUGUUCUGGACUGCAAAAGGUGGAUAUUACUCUAAAGAAAAGUUUCUACUGGAGUCAAGCUUCCCUCACAUAUGCUUACUAUGAAGGGGUCCAUCUCAUUGUCAGAACUCUCUGUGAUUAUAACUUCCCACAGUUUCUAGAAACCUUGUAUUAUCUCCACAAGGUCUUAGUGCAAGGCCCUAGGAGGCCAGAAGAGCAUAUCAUCAUAGUAAUAUUCUUCAUCAAAAUUCUGGAUAAGUUCUUCAAGGACCCACUUCCAGAAUUAUUUUUGAUCUUCCUCAGAAACUGGAUCAGUGAUUCCAACCCUGAAAUUAGCAUAUUAAGCCUUCAGAAAAUCACCAGCAUGGCCCCAGUUAUCAAUAAGAUAGAAAAUGUCUCCAUCUUACUAACAUCCAUCGUGAAUGCCUUCGUAUCCAAAGACAAGACUGUUGUACUUCAGGCCUUGCUCACCCUCCGAAGACUGAUAGAAAAACUGGACAAGGUGACCUACUCCUCACUGUGCCCUGGAAUUGCUUCCAGCUACUUCCGUCUGAUGGAUCACUUUUAUGGAAAUAUUCGGAACUUGGCCAUCAGGCACUUGGCAGCGUUACUCAAGGAUACGAGCCAUCAGACAUCAACUUUGAAACAUAUCCUAGGAGGCUUCACACCCCUCAUCCUCUGUUUAGAGGACAGGGAUGGCACAGUAGUGAGUGCAUGUAAAUAUGCAUUAGCAAUCUGUGACUCCCAGCUAGAAUGGUCAAUAUCCAAUCUGCUUAAAGAUGAAGACUAUAAUUUUGAGGUGGUGGUUUUCCACAUCUGUAACCGUCUUCUCCUUUCCCAUGGGGCCGGCAUUACAUCUUUAGUGUGUGACACCUUGAAGUUCCUGGGGAGUUCCCAAGUGCAUCUGAGAAGAGCAGCAGUUAUUUUACUAGGUUACUUGGCACAAUUAGGUGGACAUUUAUUAUUCAAAAAUGAAAUUGAAGUUAUGGCUGAAGCUAUUGAACGAAUGCUCUUGGAUGAAGACCAUAUGAUUCAGAAGUUGGCAAAAAUAACCCACGAAGUUUUAAAGCAAAUAGCCAGUAGAUCAAGAUCCACGGCUAUUAAACUUGCUAUCCAGAGAUUCUUUAAGUUCACUUACAGCAAGGAAUUGAAGCUUCUUUAUAACUGGAAUAACAUGCAGUUGACCGUAGACGAGACAGAGGAUCAGCAGUCACUCCUGUCCUCUGUAGCUUCUGACUACUGAGCCAGGCUCCAGAGUCAAAUGAGGAUGAUAACCUGCAGAGACUACUGGCUCAGCUCCCCCAGCUGCAUGAAUUCGGGGCCUUGGUUCUGCUUCUCUGAUAGGCCCAUGCACACAGUAUCUGGGAUAGACUUUCAUACCUUCUUGCUUCAGGUUGGGCAGAUGUUGCUCCUAUGAUUUGUCUUAAUGCCCUGUGACUGUACCUUUCAUUACAUUUAUCAGACUGCAAUAAAAUGAGUUAUUUUCCAUCUGAUCCACAGAAAUAAAGUUUCUUGAAAGCAA